AUGGCUCCGCCGGCUCCUCCCAUGUCCCGCCUGGACACGCUCCCUCUCGAGCUCCUUCGGGAAGUUUUUGACUACGCCUUUGCCGGCGGCGACGAUGACUUGGAGUUUGAUGUGAACGACUGCUACCCCAUCGACCGCGACUACGCCAACCUCGUGAAGCUGGCCCAAGACGAAGAAAGCUCGCCGACUAUCCGCGCCAUGGCUGUGGAGCAGCAACACCGUAUUAUAUCUCUCAUGCUCUCCCAGACGCCCAAGACGGCCGUGGAUGCAGUGACUAACAUGACUAACCACCUGCAGAACUCGUGGCAAAACGGCGGGAGUGUGCGCCUGCUGCAUCUCCGCCGCAACCCGCUGCCGGACGCAGUUGACGAGAUGAGCGACGAGCUGCUGGGCACAUUCGACGAGAUGAGUGACGAGCUGCCGGAAGGAUUGGACGAGAUGAUUGGCGAGCUUCCGGACGCAUCCGACGCGAUUAUGGACGAGCUGCUGGACGCAUCCGACGAGAUGAGUGACGGUAAUGAGGGCAGCGAGGGCGGUGACGACAACAACGACGCAUCCAGAUCCAGCGCCAGCACCAGCGACGGCGACAUAGUGGCAGCCGGCAUCCUGGGCCUGCUGCAUACGACGCCCGGCCUGACCCGGCUGGUGGCAACGAUUCCAGGACUCGGCCAGGCACUGGCUGCUGGCGCCGACGCUGACCCGCCGCUCUUUCUGGGCCGACUCCGUCGCCUGGAACUGUACGAGCCGCACACCGACCCGGCCGCCACCAACACCGCCGUGCUGGACACAAACGGCGCUCUGCUGCGAGGCUGCCCCGGACUCUCGAUGCUGCGGCUGCAAGGCUUCUGCGGCGUGGUCUCGUCGACGCUGGCGCCUGCCUCGUCUUCUCAGGCUGCCCGCAUGCAGAGCCUCCGCUGGCUCGACCUCGUCGGGUGCUACAUCCCUGCGGCCGGGCUCUACAAGAUUCUCGACCUCAUUGGCCCGCAAAUGAGCAGCCUGACGGUCGAGCUCCUGCGGUGGACCUGCCGACCCUCACAGGCCGAGGACGACGCCCAGAGACGCCGCAUGUUUACGACCUACGACCUCUUGGACGCGCUUGUCUCGCGCGGGGCCACGACCUCGCUUCGCACCCUGGACCUCCAGCGCAAGAACUUUCCGGUGGCGGUGGCGGCCAUGGCGGCCGGUCACGACGACCCGCACGAAGUCCACGAGGACGCCGGCGCCAUCAACCGCCUCGGGCCUUCGGUCAUGGACUUGCUGCCCGCGUUUUCUGCGCUCACGCACCUGGUUGUGAGCAUUGACGUGCUCGACUGGCGCACCGUCGACGCCGGUAUCGUCGAUUUUGCCGCCACGCGCGCCGUCGCCGGCGCCCUCGUGGCCCAGCUGCCCCCCAACCUAAUUGCCCUCACCGUGAUGCCCGCCCUGCGCGAGGACGACUUUAUGCUCGACGUGCUCCUCUUUGAGCACACGCACAGCGACAACGACGACAUGUCGCUCGUCUGCCCGGGCUGGUGGCCCCGUCGCCAGGCCCUGAUGCAGGCUCUGAUGGCGGCGACGCGGGGGAAUGGUGGAGGCGACGGCGGCGGAAGCAACAACAACAACAACAACAGCACGCCCCAUCUGUCCCAGCUCGCCUCCAUUGCCAUUCCGCACGCCUACGACACAAUCGAAAACGAAAUGGUCGCGUACCCGGCCGCGGCCACGGCUCUCAACGACAACGACCAGGCCCCGACGCCCCACACCGUCAACAUGUUCGGCCGCUUUGCGACGCAGGUGCUCGCCUUGGGCCCGGCCGACCAGACGACUGUUUUGCGGUGGAAGAAUGGCAUUGUGCUUCACACCUACGUCUUGUGA